ACCACAAAGCAGUACUAGGCCACUCAAGGCAUGCAUGCAUUUCGGUUUUAAUUCAACAUUCAUGGAGUACUUGCACUGAACCAUUGAGGAUCAACAUUUGAUCAUCAUCUCCAAUUAAUGGCGGCCUUGCGACUUCUAUCCCUCUUGAUCAUGCUCCCUCUGUUUCUUGCAAUUUCCGCCCACUCACAAUUUUUCUACCCCCACCCUUCAUCCGGAGGAGGACCGGGCCUGCAGGUUCAUAGAAAGUUGAGGGAGCCAAAGCUUCCUGCAGGAAUCCCAAUCCCAAACACUUCAGCAGGAAAACCAUCCAGUACUACUCAUGAUCACUUCAAAUCUCCUGAUCAGGUAGAUAAGAAUCAGGAAAAUCCUGCUUCCCCCGAGACAGCUUUCAAAGGGUUGUGGGAGCUGUUUUCCAACGACUCAGGCGCCAACGCCAUGCACAUAAAUAUACUUCCGAACAGUAAGGUUAUAAUGUACGAUGCCAUUGCAUUCCACAUGUCAACGAUUAAAUUGCCAAACGGUGAAUGCAUUCCCUUCAAGGACGAAAGAAGUGGCUUUGAGUUACAAGACUGCUGGGCACAUGCAGUUGAGUUUGAUAUUGACACAGCAAAAAUAAGACCACUCAAGGUUGAGUGGGAUCUAUGGUGCUCAUCAGGAGGGCUUGCAGCCGAUGGUACCUUGGUUGGGACUGGUGGUUGGUUAAAUGGAUCAAGAACUGUUAGAUACAUGCGCCCCUGCCUCGACUGUGAUUGGAAAGAAUACCAAACUGCACUGGCAGAUCUAAGAUGGUACGCAACACAAGCAACCCUGGCCAAUGGCGGUUUCAUUCUUGUAGGAGGCCGAAGGUCAUUCAGCUACGAGUACGUUCCGCGGGAAGGAGAUUCCAAUAGCAAAGCCAUCAAUUUUCCUUUUCUCAACGAAACCACUGAUUUGGACGAGAACAAUCUCUACCCUUUCGUCCACCUUUCCACCGAUGGAAAUGUCUUCAUAUUCGCCAACCAUCGCUCGGUUCUCCUCAACACACAGACCAACACGAUUGUUCGCGAGCUCCCCGUCUUGGAUGGCGGCUCCCGCAACUACCCGGCGUCUGGAAUGUCCGCUCUCCUCCCUAUAAAACUCCAUCAUGUGCAAAACCCUGAGCUCAUCCCGGUCGAGGUUAUCGUUUGUGGUGGUGCGAAGCCCGAGGCCUAUGGUUUGGCCCAAAAGGGAAACUUCACGCAAGCCCUUCAAGACUGUAACAGGCUUCAGAUCACAAACCCUGAUGCCAAGUGGAUUAAAGAAACCAUGCCUUCAAGUCGUGUCAUGGGCGACAUGCUGAUUCUACCCAACGGAGACCUUCUGAUUCUCAAUGGCGCAAAGAUUGGUACGGCGGCUUGGUACUCCGCAGACGAUCCGAACUUUACUCCAGUACUUUACAGUCCCGACAAGCCGCAAGACCAAAGAUUUAUGGAGCUUGCGCCCGCUACAAUUCCCCGAAUGUACCAUUCAGCCUCGUCUCUGCUUCCUGAUGGGAAAGUUUUAGUAGGAGGUAGCAAUCCCAAUGCGGGUUAUAAUUUCACAGCCAAGUACCCAACCGAGAUGAGGAUAGAGAAGUUCUCGCCGCCAUACUUGGACCCCGCAUUGGCUAUAAAGAGGCCGGAGAUCUUGGUCGAGUCCUCGGAAGCAUCUUUGUUGUAUGGAAAAAUGUUCUCGGUGCAGUUUAAGAGUAAUGAAGCGCUGGUGACUAAGGAAGACAUCAUGGUGACCAUGUAUGCACCGCCAUUUACAACGCACGGCUUUUCCAUGAAUCAAAGACUGAUUGAGCUGGUCCACGUUGAUGUGGUCAAGGUUUCUGGUGGUAGCCACCAAGUUAACGUGACAGCGCCACCUACAGGGAUGGUUGCUCCUCCGGGGUUCUACCUACUCUUUGUGGUCCAUCGUGGGUUGCCGAGCAAGGGAAUGUGGGUGCAAAUCAAGUAGACCCUCUGAUUCGAAGACCUUUUCCUUCUGCAUAUAUAUAUGGUAGAACAUCGUCGUGUACAUUCCAAGUCGUGCAAUGCGGGUCCUAAUGAACAAGCUUCCGUUGUGAUGCUCUUCGAGAUUUAUAGGGAAUAGGUGAAAUUUUAUGAUGGUUACAGCUUUUGAUGAUGUUUAGGCUUACAUCACGAAGGUUGAAUAUCAAAGAUGUGUUUAAUUCAUAGUUUUGUCGCAAUUACUCUGUUCUUGCUCGUCAUUGAGAUUGUAUAUUUAGUCCUUUGUUUUAAAGGAGUAAGUUACUUUUGAACCUAAGAUCAAUUAGAAUAGUUAACUUAGUAGAACUUGUAAUUUCAAUUUCCCUUUUAAGGGGAAUAGGUUAUUGUGUCUUCUUGGAUAAAGAUGUAAGAGCAUUCACAUUGGUCUAUGCAUAUGCA